UUAGACACAUCUAAUCUUUAUAAGACGUUGUUUUACAAUUUGGCCAGACGGGAUAUUUCACAUAAAUUACUUCAAACAAUAGAACCAUGAUUGUAAAAUGGUGUAAAUCAAAUUGCAACAGAAUUGUUUGAUCUAAAUUUUCCCAAGAAUUAUACUGUGAACAUGAACGGAUUCUUUUCGAUUUUGACGGGGGCUAACUUUUUGGUAACUUUCCAAUAAUGUAAAUAUAUCGUGUAAACCUCACGUGUACCUCUUUGCGGACCAUGUACCUGUGCAAAAUUGCAUAACCAAUCCUAAUAUGGUAAGGCUGGGGGUGUGUCGUGACGUCACUCACCAUAACGGGCGAAGUGAACCUUUUGUAUAUUUGGUUGCAUCAAAACUUUUUCGCCGGUAAGAAAUAUUCGCGCCGGCUGUUUUCCUUUCGUGUUUAGCCAGAUUUGUUCCUUGCUUGUCCUCUUUUACAUCAUGAGUCGCAAUAAGAAGCAACACUCUCCAACUGUUCAUUUUGUUGCUGGUGGUUUGGGAGGUUCGUUCGGCGCCUUCGUAACAUGUCCUCUGGAAGUUAUUCAGACAAGACUUCAAUCGUCCGCAUUUCGGCUUCAAAGAACUGCAAAACUUCGGGUUACCCAAAAUCUCUCAUCAACUGGCCCAGCUGCAAAUUUCAGUACAACCACUGUGGCUGACUCGAAACUAAACAUCGCCGCGAACCGUUUCAAAGGAAUAAUUUCGUAUGGAAGGUACAUGGUUCAACACGAAGGGUUCUUUUCGUUAUACAAAGGCCUAGGACCGACACUGAUCGGUGUCACUCCGUCGAGAGCGAUAUACUUCGCCUUGUAUUCCACAGCAAAGGAUAAGUUGAACAAAUCCGGCAAACUAACUGCUGAUUCUACGCCGGUGUAUAUGAUUUCAGCCGCGGCUGCUUCGUUUGUUAACCACACAGUCACAAACCCGCUGUGGUUUGUGAAAACGCGAUUGCAAUUAGAUCACAGAGACGCUCGGAGAGUAAGAACUUUCCAGAUAGUGAGAGACGCUUACAAGAGCGAAGGAAUCAGAGCUUUUUACCGAGGGCUUUCAGCAUCUUAUGUGGGAAUCUCAGAGACGGUCGUGCAUUUCACGAUCUACGAACAAGUGAAAGCGAGAUUACUGAAGUUUCAACGCAAGACACUUCGAGACCUGAAUGUGGUCGAGUGUCUCCUCGCUGCCGGUUUUUCAAAAUCUAUCGCUGCUAGUCUUUGCUAUCCGCAUGAAGUUGCUCGCACCCGCCUCCGUCAACAGGAAAGCGAAUUUCUGGGAAAGGCCAAGUACAGAUCGUUUCUUCAAACACUGAAAACUGUCGUAAAGGAGGAAGGAUGGAGUGGUCUUUAUGGAGGUUUAGGAACUCACUUACUUCGUCAAGUGCCUAACACGGCGAUCAUGUUCUUUACUUAUGAAGGAGUAGUACAUCUUUUAGAAUCAGGGAACGCAUGAACCGUUCUAUGUAUGUUGGAAAUCGAAAUUUCAUAAUCACCAAUCCACACUGUUAUCAGAAAUUUCUGGCAAUAACGAAAUGAAUAAGCUUAAAUUUUGUAGUUUUCGUGAACGGAAGUGACGGUAGAUUUAGUAUUAAAAUAGUUUAUCUUGUUGAUUUUACUUUUUCUCUUGCCAAGAUUUGGCUUGGUUUGAAGUAUCGAGUUCUUUCGAGGAUAGUUCUUGAGUUCUUGUAGGUUAUUUAAAUUUAUUGUGGUAGGCUAAAUCUCUUUCGGUGGCAUUGGACCAUGCCAGAGAUUUCACAAGGUUAUGAAUAUUUAAGUGAUUUACAUUGUUUCCUUUGCUAAAAGGUUGCUUAGGAAUUUAGUUAAAUAAUUCGGGUCCAGGCUGAUUUGAGUAAUAUUCUUUUUUUUGCAGAAUGGCUAAUGUUUGGAGUUUAUUUUACCAAUAAUAAUUAUUUUAUGUAUUUGUUAAUUCCCCACGGGUAUAAAUAUUGGAAUGCAUGUGACUUUCCAUUGAGAAUUACAUUUUGGUAGUUCUGAGAGUAGGAACUUGCCAUAAAAAUAUUUUUUAUUUUCACAAAGUCUGUACAAAAUGAUCCGAGAAACACUUCUUUUCAAAGCUUGUUUUUUGUUUCGGCAUUAUUCAUGUCAGUUAUUAUGUCAGUUAAAGAAAAAAAAACAAUUGUUUCACUUGCCUUGACCUUCACCAAGUUCAGAGAUAUAAUUACUAAUUUGACUAAGGCUGCUCGGCAGUAUCCUUAUUUUGUUGUCCACUAUGCAUAUGACAACAGUUUGCUGUUUAAGUUAUCAAAUACAACCCCAAUGUAACGUGACUUAUCUGUUUGGUAUCAAGUUAAAAGAAGUAAUUUAUCUUGUUCAUCCUUCCAAUGUUUGUUUUUUUGGGUGAGGAGGCAGUAUUAAAUCCUUGUGUGGGAGGGAAAGAAGCUUGCAUGACAAGCAGUGUUAAAUUUUUAUUUACACUCCAACAUGAUUAAUUCAACUCAGGUUGCCUGUUUAUUAUUUUUGAUUAUUAUUUUGUCCUUUACUGUCGAUAUGAGAAUAAUAUGUUGUCCUAGCUAUCAAUGUAAACACAAGGUGGCUAUUGUUUGGUAUCAAGCAAAAAAUAAUCUUUCUUCCUAGGAAAAUUGCAUUCUUGAAAAAAUGUUUGUGGUUAAGGUGGAGAGGAAGCAUUUAUACUUACAUGGGAGGGGAAGGGAGGGAUGGGGGAGGGAUGGGAUUUUGUCUGCUUGAUAAGCACUGUAUCUAUUUAAUAUACUUUUUUAUUAAAAAUAUGAAUAUUUUUGUGGUUUAUAAAA